UUUGAAUUUUUAUUUAUUUUUUAUUUUUUUAUUAUUUUUUUUAAAAAAGUUAUUCUUUGAAAUUCAAAAAAGUGAGAUUCUCUCUUUCCUUCUCAAAACUCAAAUUUCCCAACUUAAUUAUCUCUUUCCUUUUUGUGCCUCUGAUUUUCGAAUUUCACAAUUUGAUGAAAGAUUUUGGCUUUGAGGAAGAACAGGGGAAACAAAAUUACUAUUAAUGGCGGAAAAUUCAGUUGAUUUGCCAGAAGAAUGCUGGGAAUUAGUCCUCAAUUUCGUCGAAGACCGCCGACAUUAUGCAUCUUUAUCUUUGGUUUGCAAGCUUUUCUUCUCCAUCACCAAUCAACUCAUCACUUCCCUUGCAAUUCCUCAUCCGACGGUCGUCGUUCUCCCACAAUUGCUUCGAAGAUUUACCAGACUCAGAACGGUUGACUUCAGUGAGUUCCACGGUGAUGUCGAUGGCCUUCUUUCUCAAAUUUCGGAAUCUGGGUUGGACCUCGAAUCACUCAAUAUCUCCAAUCGGUCAACUCUCCCAAUUCAUGGGUUAAGAGUUUUGGGAUCCAAAAUGAAGAAUUUGAGGUGUUUGAAUUGCUCAAAAAUCUAUUCUUUACAGGACAGCGAUCUGGGUUUGAUUGCAAAUUCGAUCCCAACUCUUGAAGAGUUGGAUAUUAGCUAUCUUAUGGAUGAUUAUCGCUCAAACUCUAAUGGGUUGUUGGAUAUGAGCAGUUUUACGAAACCCAUAAGCGAUUCUGGGAUCUUGACGUUGUCGUUGAAGCUCAAAGGUUUGAAAAAGCUCAAUCUUUCUGGUAAUCACUUCAUUACUGAUAGGUCUCUUGUCCAUCUUUCUACGAAUUGUGUCCAAUUGCGUGAGAUAGUGAUUCACUUUUGUGAUUUCAUUACACCAUAUGGAAUUGCCUUGAUGAUCCGUGGCUGUGUUUAUUUGAGUUCAUUAUCUGUAUUUGGAACUAGGCUUAGUGUUGUGGAUUCAACAUUGACAGAUUCAUUGGUUUCAGCAAAGGCUUUAUGUUCUAUUGAUUUGUCUGGUUUUAAUAUCUUGGAUGAAAUGCUUUACUUAAUUGCAGAAGCACAUAUGCCAUUAAAUAAGCUUAUUCUCUCUUGUUGCUCUGGUUUUACAUUACAUGGUAUCAAACAAUUGCUAUCUAAGCACCAAUCUCUUCAGCACUUGGAUCUUCAGGAUGCGGAUUUCCUAACAGACGAGUCCGUGUUUCAGUUAACAAAGUUUCUCCCAAGUUUAAAAUACAUAAACCUUUCUAUGUGCACUAAGUUGACAGAUUCAACAUUCUUCGGACUCAUUGAAAAUUGUCCAGUUUUGAAUGGGAUCAACAUGGUUGGUACAAAGGUUGGUACAAAGGUAGGAGCUAAAAAACCAAAUACCAACCAUGUUUCCAACACUCUCAAGUCUUUGUAUUUGGGUCAAAAUUUCUCUUUAGUCAAUGAAAGCUUAAAAGAAUUCGCAUUUGCCAUCAGCAAUUUGAAACUGCUCGAUUUAAACAGUUGCUUAAGCAUUACAGAGGAAGGCCUUUUAGAAGUUUCAAAGAGAUGCACUGAGCUUAGGUACUUGGACAUGAGUUAUUGUAGAGGGGUCAAGACUUUUCUUAUGGACUUUGAAUUCUCUAAAUUGGAAGUGUUAUGUGCAAGAGGAUUGAGAAUCAAUGAUGAUGGGUUGGCUUUGGUUGGAAGAAAAUGCCCUCAACUCUUGCAAUUGGACUUGACUGGCUGCUUCAAAGUGACUGAUGAUGGAGUGAAGCAAGUGGUGAAGAACUGCCGAGCAUUGAGGGAGAUAAUUCUAAAGCAGUGUAAUAAAGUUAGCAUAGAUAUCAUUGCCUGGAUGGUGUUCUCUAGGCCAACACUCAGAAGAAUAGUCCCACCUUGUGGCUUCGUUCCUAGCGAAAGCCAGAGGAAUUUUUUCUUACGCCAUGGAUGUUUUGUUUGUGAAGGCUAGCUAUUGAAGGAAUUCAACUGUUUAUGUCAAAAUUUUCUCUUUUGUGAAUUACUCAUUCUCGGAGAACAAGGUAUAUUAGUAUCAUUUCCUAUGUACUUAUCUUAUUGCUGUAAACUAAAUUGGGUUACUGUAUUAUUAUUUUCAUACUUUGAUGGUCAUUGGCAAUUGUAAAGAUCAUUUGAAGGUACUUGAAUGUGAAUCAUAUUUGCAACUGUAUUAAUUUGGGAGACAUAUGAAUGUGAUGAUUUUCGUAGUUAUAUAAAGCUA